AAAAAGAGUUUUAGAGGAGGCACAGCAUAUCCGCAGAAGAACGGUAGUAUGGGAGGAGUAAAUCGCCGCCGUAGGAAGACUGAGAGAAAGACAAAGUUCGUGGGGUCAAAUAAAAGUAUUUGAAGUUUAAAUGCCUGAUAAAUCAAGGCCCAAAUUACUUGUAUAUAUACCAAGCUAGGGUUUUCAGCAUAACACCCCCCACCCAAAAGAAAAAAGAAAAGAGUUUUAGAGGAGGCACAGCAUAACUGCAGAAGAACGGUAGUAUGAGAAGAGGUGGGAAGGAUCCGUUUGCGAGAGAGAAAAGAAAGCGAUACCGGCCGUCUUUGGCUGCUCAAGUUCGCACAUGUGUGCGUCGCGGUAUUUGUAAGGAGUGGUUGGAUUCUCUCAAUCAGGACUGGCUUCAGUCUGUGCUGAAAAGGCCAGAGCCGAAGUUGACUCGUAUAUAUCCUAGAAAGGAAAAGGCUAACACUGCCAAGCUUCAGCGGACGUCAACGUUGGCCUCACAGUCGCUGCGAGCUUGUUCUACCCGUAUGAAAAAACUUGACGACGACUUGAAGGGAUCUGAUCAGUAUCAGACCACGCCUGACUCUGAUCAAUUUGAUACCCAGGAAAUGCAAAGUCAGAAAACAGGAAUACAAAGUUCUAGCAUCAAAUAUUCCUACAAAGAAAAGUAUCUCGAAACCAAAGCUGAGCUAUCCAAGGCAAAAGAACAAAUUAAAGAGUUGCGCAAGAAAUACAAAGAUUAUCAGACCACUCUUGACUCUGAUAAAUUUGAUACUCAAGGCUCUUACAACCCAACUUAUGUGAUCAAUCAUUUAACAGGAGAAGUUGUCGUCUAAUGAUAUUGCUACCACCUCAACCUCCAUGCCUCAGUCGCCAUCGCCAUAAGAUAGGUUGGAAUGUUUUUGCACACACCUGGUUCGCCAUAGCUUAGCAGCUCCGACCAAUUUCAAAGUGCAAAACUUAAAUCCCCACCUAUGUCUCUAGUAAAUAUAUAUAUAUAUAUAUAUAUAUAUAUAUAUAUAUAUAUUUCCGCUCUCUCUUUCUCUUUUUUUAUUAAUCCCCUGGACGAUGUUUUCCAGUUGUUUAAUUUUGUAACUUAAACUCGCCAUGCUUUUUUUAUAUGACUUAAAAAAAAAACCUUUUAAUAAUUAUGUUA